AAGGUUUGCCGUAGAAAUCAAAACAAACGUUCUUCACUGUUCGUGGCUCAAGUCGAUUCAGUUACUUUGGUUAUUUUAGAUUAAUUUGAAGUAUAAUUUACCAUUUUCCAAAAAUGGAUACAAAGCAAAGGAUUCUUAUCGUAGGCGAUGUGAAGGGAAAAUUCAAAUCGUUUUUCGCGCGCGUCGAAAACAUAAACAAAAAAUCCGGCCCGUUCGAUUUGGUCCUUUGCGUCGGUAACUUCUUCGGAACGGCAGCAGACAUGGUCGAACUAAACGAUUACAAAAGCAAGAAGAAAUCAGUUGCUGUUCCGACGUACAUUCUUGGUCCCAACGAUGAAAGUGUGUCCAAGUUCUAUGAAGACAUUCAAGAAGACGAUAUUUGUCCGAACCUGAGUUAUUUGGGUAAAAGAGGAGUUUAUGCGACCUCCAGUGGCUUGAAGAUUGCCUACGUCAGUGGCACGGAAGCCGAUGGAAACCAUUUGAAAACUGGGCUUGAAUGGAAGUUUACCAAAGCAGAUGUUAUGGCAGUGAAGGACUCCUGUUUCGCUAGCAAAUCCAAUAUGGGCGACUAUCGCGGAGUGGAUCUGCUACUGACAUCACAGUGGCCUUCUGGCAUGAAACCGGAAUCUGAGGGCUGCUCGAAAUUGAUAUCUUGGCUGGCGGACACAAUUAAACCUCGCUAUCACAUCUGUGGCCUUAAUGGAGAUUACUAUGAACCACCGCCAUAUCGAAACAAACCCGACAAGAACACCCAAAUGGAACUAGCCACCCGGUUCAUUGCUCUCGCGGAUUUCGGCAAUACUGAAAAAAAGAAAUACAUCUACGCCCUGGUGUUGACUCCUGUGGAGAAAAUGCGAAUCAUUGAGCUGAUUCAGAAAACAACCGACGAGGUCGUUUCCCCCUAUGCGGAUAUGAACUUCUCCGAAAAUAGUGACAAAGGAUCGAAGGACGAACGGGGAGGUCAGUAUUUUUAUGAUAUGAACUCAUCUUAUGACGACAAUGCCAGGAAGCGCAGGAGUCAAGGCAAUCGCAUCAGUGGGAAUCAGGAUCAAAAACGACAGAAACCGUCUUUCGAUCAGGAGAAAUGUUGGUUCUGUCUCUCUUCGGGAUCAAUCGAAAAACACCUGAUCAUUUCGGUUGGCGAACACUUCUACUUGGCGCUGGCCAAAGGACCUGUCAACGAAACCCACAUACUUAUUCUCUCGAUAACUCACAUCCAGAACGCAUCGCUACUAUCCGCUGAGCAGUGGACUGAACUCAACAAAUUUAAAGAGGCUCUGACGCAGUUUUUCAAAGACCGAGAAGAAACCAUUUUUCUGUACGAGCGUAAUUACAAAACUGGUCACUUGCAAAUCAAUGCUAUCGGAGUGGAUAACAACGUGGCCUGGAAAAUUCAGCAUGUGCUUGAGGACAAAUCAGAAGAGCAUAACAUUACGCUAGAGACGGUACCGAAACCAGGUUCUCCCUCAGAACUUCCGCAAAAAUGUCCUUACUUUGUGGCGGAACUGCCCGACGGAAAUGUGAUGUUCACAAAGCAGAUGAAAAACUUCCCUUUGCAUUUCGGGCGGGAGAUUAUUUGUGCCGAUAACUUGCUCAAUUGCGAGGAGAAGAUUGAUUGGCGUCAGUGUAAUCUGGCGAAAGAAGAAGAGGAAGCCAUUACGAAGAGCUUUCGUGAAAGUUUCCAACCGUAUGAUUUUACGGUUUGAUGUUGGACAAAUUUUGUAAUGUGAGAAAUUACAAAGUGUGUAUUAGUUGAAUUUUUUUUAGUUUCUGACUGAUCAAGUUCUGAAAGGAUUCUGAUACAAAGGUGUACAUUUGAAUUUAAUAAACAUGAAGAUUUAAUGUUCAAAUAAAUAACCUCAAUUUGUUUAAA